UCUGGACUAACACUCCAUGGGUCAUUUUAGCAAACAAAAGGAGAUGAACAAGGAUAUGGGUUGGUUGGUGGCGGAUAGAAGGUGUGCUUAGCCACGUGUACCCAGGCUAAGCAGCAUUCCAUCCAGUCGUUGAACGGUGAUGAACCACUUUUUGUUUUUGGCUCCAAUCUAUUCAUUCUAGCGCGACGACGAUCUACAGAUCAGUGAGCGCUCAUGGAAGUAAUGGAGUCCACUUUAGCGGAGGGUUCAAGUGAAGGACAAGUCGAGAUGAGCGCUGCGGAUGCACCCACCGAAAAACUGCUAGACAGCAUGGAAACCGACGAACCCUUGGGCGACCCAGACGCCUUGCCCCUUCCCCAAAAGCAAUAUUUUCCGAAUCCGUAUGUUGCCUCUGUCACAACGCAAGCUGGUUCUAGCGAUUCCGAGGCCAUGAAUAUGCCACCAGCUCUCCAUCCUGAUGCUACACCUGACGUUCUGACGGCGCUGAAGAGAGAGACUGUGAAUUUGUGUGAAAAGAUUGUUGCCAACUGUAAACCAACCGACCAUCAAGCACCUUGGGACGUGUAUAGCGGCUAUUCUGGAUUGGCCCGACUGUUUUUAAAGAUCCACGAGUGUGAUCCAGCAUGUCAGAUCCACGGGCUGUCAGCAUUGAAAUUAGCUGAACAGUACAUGGACACAGCUAUCGCGAAUUGUAACAGCUUCCUUCGUCAGUUAAAGGACGCUAAAAGUGUGUGCCACGAUGUCGGAUAUUUGAGGAGCCAGGCGGGAGUCUGGGCAACUGGGGCACUGAUUUACCAUCAUACCGGCAAUAGCGAGCGAUCAGCAUUUUGCCUUGAGCAGUUGGUUUCCAUGAAGCACAUGGCCCUGUCUGCCAACUGCCCUCAAGACUUCUCCUAUGGCCGACCAGGCUACCUCUACGGGCUACUCUAUGUGCGACGAUACCUGACCAACGCUCAUGAGACAAUCCCAAACGAUCUUGUGGAAGCAAUAUUGAGCACCGUUCUUAAUGACGGAGCCGAAGGCGCUCAGCGUCAGUUUUAUGGGCCGUCAGAUCGAAGGGGUUAUAAGAUGGACUUUGGUCAGACGAGAUCCCCAUUUAUAUGGCUGUGGUAUAUGGAACGCUAUGUCGGUGCUGCUCAUGGGAUGGCGGGUGCAUUGACGUCCGUACUGAGCGUUCCAUCAUCAUUGCUCGAGGCCGUCAAUGAAGCCAAAUCUGAUGAUAUGCCCCGUUUAGAACCUGCGGGAGAGGAGGAACGUGCCAAAGUUACACCUGUGGAGCGAGCGCUGAAAUAUCUGCAGCGUCGCAAGUUGGCAAAUGGAAACUACAUGCUGAGGAUCGACGACACCAGGACAAAUGCUUCCCAGUUGUUUGAGGAAAAAGAAUCUGUGCAGUUUUGUCAUGGCGCUCCGGGUGUAGCAUUGUGCUUGUGCCGGGGGUAUGAGGUAUUCAAAAAGGAAGAAUACCUAACGGCCGCCAAAGAAGCCGCCGAUCUUGUUUGGAAGCGAGGGCUCAUCCGGAAGGGCGUUGGCCUCUGUCACGGCAUAUCAGGCAACGCUUACCUCUUUCUUACCCUGUACCGCCUAACCAACGACAUUGCAUAUUGGCAAAGGGCCCAGUGUUUCGCCAAUGUCGCCAUAAACUGGGACACCACCUAUGCACCGCAACUGACGUCUGAUAGAAGCGCGUCACCGGCGCAAAAGUAUGGCUUGUUCGAUGGAAUCGGCGGGUUGGCUCACCUUAUGGCUGAUAUGGGAUUUUGGAAGGAGGAGGUUUUUGUUGGAUUUCCUGGUUUUGCGGAUGCAUUUUUGGAGUAGUGUACCUUGUGGUCUUGAGCUGCCGACGCAUCAUAUAAUCACGGGUGGUGCAUCAAGCGCUUGAGUAGCGGUAUACACAGCAUGCAUUUGUGCAAUGUAUAUAGGUUGCAAUUAAAUCUCAUUAACGAAUGCAUUUGGAACUGUACCAGGGCGAAUGG